CUCCUGGGUAACUACAUCAAACAGUCAGCGCACCAGCCUGAAACCUGGUGUGGAGCUACUCGCUUAUUUACAUGGUUACAGUUUCCAGGGUGCAAGGAAAAAACGAUAACGACCAGGAUCACACCACCAUGUCCGACACCGAGCAGCAGUUCAUGGAGACCUCCGAGAACGGCCAUGAGGGCGAGGAGGACCUGAACGGGGCCGAGCCGGCGGAGCAGGCGGCCGCCGCCGCCGAGUCCACGGCGGAGGGCGAUUCCCAGAACGGCGCGUCGGAAGGCGGCCAGAUCAACGCCAGCAAGAGCGAGGAGGACGCAGGGAAAAUGUUUGUAGGUGGACUCAGUUGGGACACCAGCAAAAAAGACCUUAAGGACUACUUCUCCAAGUUCGGCGAAGUAACAGACUGCACUAUCAAAAUGGAUCCCAACACGGGGAGAUCUAGAGGGUUUGGGUUCAUCCUCUUCAAAGAGGCAGCAAGCGUGGAAAAAGUUCUGGAGCAGAAGGAACACCGGUUAGACGGGCGACAGAUCGACCCAAAGAAAGCCAUGGCCAUGAAGAAGGAGCCCGUGAAGAAGAUCUUUGUUGGUGGUCUGAACCCAGAGACGACGGAGGAAAAGAUCAGGGAAUACUUUGGAACCUUUGGAGAGAUUGAAUCCAUUGAGCUUCCAAUGGACCCAAAGACCAACAAAAGGAGAGGUUUUGUCUUCAUAACAUUCAAGGAAGAGUCCCCCGUCAAAAAAGUUCUUGAAAAGAAGUACCAUAAUGUCAGCGGAAGCAAGGUAACAAACGGAAAAGAUGACCUUUGUGAAAUCAAAAUAGCCCAACCAAAGGAGGUGUAUCAGCAGCAACAGUUUGGGGGCCGCGGGGGUGGCUAUGGAGGGAGAGGCCGGGGGAACCGUGGUGGUCAAAACCAGAACUGGAACCAGGGCUACAAUAACUAUUGGAAUCAGGGCUAUGGCAACCAGGGCUAUGGUUAUGGUGGACAGCAGGGAUAUGGUGGCUAUGGAGGCUAUGGCAACUAUGAUUACACCGGAUACUAUGGCUAUGGGCAGGGGGGCUAUGAUUACAACCAGGGCAAUACAAGCUAUGGGAAAACUCCAAGACGUGGAGGCCACCAGAGUAGCUACAAGCCAUACUGAUCACAUGUAGUGCAGGACUAAAAUAAUUCAAGAUCCGGAGUCCCCUUCGUGCUGCUGCAGAAAGUAUGGGGCCUGACUUUCCUUUGGAGUUGGCUGGUUUAAAGACUCAUGCUCCAUUUGUACAGAACAAGUGAGGAAUUGGGGGAAGCAAAUGUCACUUUUCCACUUUUUAUUUUAUAUUGUUUUGUGUCCAUACACAUUUCCAGAGAUGGAAGUGUUAUUUUUACUGUACUUUUUGGUACCUUUUUUGAAUCUAUUGUAUUGUAUGGUUGUAUUUUACAUGUCUACUGGAUUUACCACAAUGCGAUCAAAGCUAUCAGAGCUUUUGAAAUAAACAGUUUUGAGUAAUUUUGGUGUUUCUAAAUUUACUUUUACUGUUUAAAUUGUGCUGAGUGUCUUGAUGCAAGUUGCAUGGCUACUGACCUGGGGGAGGGGUGGGUAGGAUUUCUAAAAGGGAUUAAGGAACGAUUUCAUUGUAAGCUUGUGUAGUGAAUGUGUAGCAGUUGGCUAGUAGAUAAGGACAACCAGCAUUUAUAAACCUUUUGGGCUUUUAAGGAGUUUUACCAAGUUGUCUGCAAUUAAGUGGCUUUGAUAGUGUAAAUUAUACAACCAUUCAUCCUGGAGCUUGCUGAUUAUGUAAGAGGGUACUCCCUUUACCCCCCACUGGAAACUCAUUCCUCUAGUGUCUUGGGCAAAUUGUUAGAAAUAAACUUUGGUUUAUAUUAUUUGUGUGGAUCCUUUUUUUUUUUAAUGCUUAAUGCUUGUUGUGGUUACUGUUAAAACUUGCUAUCUUGGUUGUAUUUGUAAUGCUAGUGUCCUGUGUCCUAGUGUGGUCUGUGGGUCAGUGUAAGUUCCUGCUCCCUGUUGGAACACUGCAGUAUGGGUUUGGUUAAGCAGGCUGAACAUCCUUGGUGAGAAGUUUGCUGCAUGAAAGCACUAACUGUUACAUGUAGGAAAACCUUUGAAUAUGUGGGGGACUUUCUCCUCCUUCCUUUUGGUUAAAUGUGUGGGGAAUGUAUGGAUUAAAACCACAGCUUUGCAUUUUACUUUAUAGCACCUCUUCAGGAAGUAGUUCAUUUACAAAGACCCAGUGAAAUGUGCUCCAUUUGUACAGUCCUGUGGGUGUGGAAUCUGUGUUUUAGAGGAAGUUGACAUGCAUUUUACUUCUGUAUGCUGCCACAUGGAUCCUGGCACAAAUACUUCUCUAAAGGUUAGAAAUCUGAAUCUUGUUAAAUGGGGGUGGGAUUUAUUUGUGUUGGGGUUGGGUGAGGGGGGUGAACCGCAUUUUGAGGAGCGGAGUUUUGAAAACCGCUGUUCUGCAAACUCUCCACCUACCGUGUAUGAAGUAGAAUCUAGCUUGGCACUUGAUACAUUCAGUAUUCCUUCUCGUGGAAGAUUGCAUAGUGUAAAGAGGGGCAACCUGAAUGUGGCCUCGCUAAACUCUCUUGAUCUGCCAUUUCUCACAUCUUAUUCCAUGGGCAACUACUUGAAGUGCUGUGAUUUUUCUAUUUAAAAUUCAGGGACUUUAAUAACCCUCUAUGCCUCGAACUGCAGCUGACUUGACUUCCCUUAGCCUUCUCCCUGAAAGACUAUUUUUAACCAUGUCUUGAAAGUUUUAUAUGAAGUUUUUUUUUCUCCCCAUUCUUACUACUUGGUAUAUGGACUAUAUUUGACUGAAGUCUUAAGAAAUUUGCUUAAUUCCCAAUGUAGCCAUUAUCUGAAUUUCUUUGUUGACAACCUGCUAAUGUUAAGCUUUGUAGUUUUAAUUUUAACUGAUGGAAUAAAGUGAAUUAAGCAAAUGCA